AUAGAAUAACUGGUAAUAUACUUGCAAGAACUAGACUUGAAUGCCAUUCUAAGUACAGAGUCCAUACAGACCCAGAAAGUCAGGAAAUAAGAUUUUUAGCUGAAAAAGUCAUGGAAAAAGAAGAUUUGGCAAGGAAAGUUAAACCCCAAUUGAAUGAUAUUUCUCGAAGGCAAGUUUUGAUAGAAUUACUUGGUCCUCAGUUUACAAAAAAGUAUAUUCCUAAUCAACCAGGGGAUCCAUUUCCAGAGUCUACCAUCAAAUCAUCAAAGAAGAAAGAAAAAUUAGUACAGGAAAUGAAAUCCUGGUUAAAGAAAGAAAUGGAUAAAAUACUGCGUGAUAAAGGUUUAAAGGAUAGCAAUGGACAGCCUCAAGGAGAGUUAACAUCAUUUAUGAAUCAGUCUGGAGAUAUUGUUUCCAAAAAUGUUAAAAAGCAGCUUCGACAAGGACGAAAUGGCAAUAAAGGGUCAAGUUACAAAAGAAGCAGAGGAUUCCAAAAUUCCUCCGAGAUAAUCGGAAUGGCAAUGACUUCUUUUAUUGAAGAUAGUCCCGAAUUAGUUUCUGAUUUAACAAAAUCUUUGAAAAAGUAUACUAUUAUUUUCCCUCAUUCUUUAAGACCACAUUUGUGGAGAGAUUAUCUUAUCACUAAAGAAACCCAGAAGAAAAAAGGAAAAGGACAUUACCAGCAAAUUAUAGACAGUUUUCAAAAAUCACUGUCCAUUUCAAUGAAAGAGUUAAAACUAACACGUGUCACUCGUAGCUCGAUAUGGAAACAAAUCGAUAAGGAAGUACUUGAGAUUUACCACAAAACAAAUAAUUCAACUGAUGAAGAUAUUACAGAAACUGCCCAACUUCUCAAUAUCAUUCAUAUUUACAAUAAAAGUUAUCACUUGUAUUAUAUUUAUUGGGCAAUUAUGAUUCAACAAAUUUUUCUUCAUAAUAAUGAAUUUGAUAAAGGUCACAAAGUACUCUGUACCUCUGCUCUGAGCCAGUAUCUGUCCUGUUGUGCUGUAUACUGCAACUGCAAUGCUAAAUCGUGCAGAGUCGUCUCAAGCAUCUUUACCAUAUUACGAAACAUGGAGGUAAAAUGUGCAGGACAGUUCUCUCGACGGGAAGUGGCACUGCACCAUUUAACAGUGCUGUCGCAGGAAGGCUUGUGGCACACAUUCUUCCUAGUAAAAUCAUUUUUAUUUUGUAUACUGUUUUGAUCAACAUUGAUUUUGAUUUUUUGAAAAAUAAUUUUAAUUGUAUAUAAUAAUUUAUGAUUACUGUGUAAUAAAACUCGAGCUAUUAUUUUGUGAUUUUAUUGUUUUUUCUCUGGGGUGCUGCCAUUCUGGAAUGCUUAUUGUGAGCUAGGUUUUCACACUUCCCCACAAUCAAAUUUAACAAGUGAUGUUCAAAUUAAACUUUAUGAUCUCUAGAUUUGCAGAAAACUCUAAAGAUUCAAGUACAUUUUGAGUCAACUUAUUGAUGAUUUUAGCAAUUUUUUUAUCAAUCUUGUGAUCAGUACUACUGUCACGUAGUCUGUUAUAAUGUUUUGCAUUGUACAAUAAUUUGUAUCUUAAAUUAAUCAUGUUAACUUGUCUAUUUUUAUUAAAAAUAUAAGACAUCAAAUACAUUUAUAGAGACAUUUUGUCACAUGAUUAUUUUUGCUAUUGUGUGCGACAUUAUUCGUAAGCAAAAUGUUAAAAGUCAAAUUUAUUACAUGUUUUACUUCAUACAUCAAAAUUAUUUUAUGUUCAUAAAACUUUGAGUAACUAUUGAAUAAAACAUUGUAAAUGUCUAUUAGUGCACUUAGUUUGCAUUGAUGCAGCAAAAUGGCAGUUCACAUGGUUUAGUGUUUUGUUAAAUACCUAUUUUGUAAGUUAUUACUUUUUGCUCUUAACAAGCAAUUAUUGUGUCUGAUAAUCAUCCAAAAACUAUUAGAAAUAUUGUUUUUAAAGAAGUUUUGUGGUUUAGACAAAAUUUUUCUUCAGUAAACUAUUGUAGAGUUAUCAGUGAGGCAUUCAGAAUAAUCUUGUGGGAGCCAAGUUGAACAGAUUAAAAUUUUUUAUGUGAAUUCAAUAUAAAUUCCAUCUUAUACGAUCACUAAUUCAUAAGUAGUAUAGAAAUAGAAGCAACGAUACAAUAUAAAUAAAAAAUUGAGUUUUAACUAGGAAAAGAUUUUUGGAAAAUUUUCUAGUAUUUUUUCCUUGGGAGUGCCAGGUCUUUUGGCUCUUUCUGGAUGUGCCACUAAUACUUAUUACUUAUUUUAUUUAACACAUCUCAUUAAACCUUACCAGUAUCCAAUGACAAAUUUCACAGGUAAACAAAUGUUUCUGGACUCCUGAUCUCUGCUUUGGGUUUCCCAUGUUGUACGAAUGGAGCAUGCAUUCAACCAAAGGCUUCAGCGUAUGUUCCGUUUUUAUUCGUAGAGUGAAAAUUUUGUAGAAACAAAUUUUUUGGGCUCUUUCUGAAGCAGAGUUUAGGAGGAACCUGAAAAUGUUUAUUUACCUAUGAAAUUUGUCACUGGACAUCAGUGAGAUUUGAAUAUUUCAACUAUUCAAAUGAAAAUCAAAACUUGUUAUAUUUAACAAAUGAUUUAUUUUAAGGAUCUUUCAACAAAAUUAUUUAUUGUGCCAAAAUAGAUAACCACAGCAAAAAUUAACACACAAGUUAAAAUUCAGUUCUACAGAUAGACAAUUAGGAGGAUUUAAUACAACCAUCACAGAAACUGGAUAAAUUAUGAAUAGCACCAAAUUAUGCCCAAAUUCAGUAAAAAUGU